CAAGGCCAUCAUAAAACAUUCAAUACCGUGGCAAAACGUGAAUUUCGUUGCUGGAAAUUGUUGGUCCUAUCAAGGCCCAAGUCCGAGCCGUGCCGAUGUAUUACACAGUUUUUGUACCAACUAUGGGGUUUGCGUGAGGGAUUGAUGACCGGUCCGGGACCGGUCCUCUAUCCAUCCACUACUUUACGUCAGCGCAGUGACUACGAGUAACUACGGCAACGUAAUGGCAGCGGCCCGGAGAUCAUACAAAAAAAAUCCCGGUUCCGGUACGGAAGGCUACCUGAACCAGUUGCGACUUUCGACGCUGUACUUUUCCCGCUUGGCAGCGACCGGCAAGCGGUUCGAGAUUGGCGUUGAAGUGGCGACGGCCGGAAAGUUUGAUGACAUUGUUAUGCAUCUGGUGGACGAGGGGCACUACUGUUUGGUGCAGGCCAAACACAAACAGGAUGAAACGAAGCGCAUCAUACUGGACGAUCUGCUGAAGAACACGACCGAGUACAGUCUCCCGAAGUACUUUGAUUCGUUUCUCAGCCUGAAGCAGGAGGACUGCUACCGACAGGGCCAUCUGAAGUAUAUUGUAAUCUACACUAACCUGAACGUUGAUGAGCAUUUGAUGAAAGUCAUCGAACCGGUACCAAGCGACAAUGACACAUUUCUGGAUACGCUGAACGUACGGUGCAGUGGCAAACAACCGACACUCUAUCGCUUUAAUGCGGCCAGCGGUGAGUUUGUCGAGCAGCUGAUCGACCGGAUAUCUCCAAUCUGUGAGGUAGCCCGUAAGCUGGCCGAGCAGUUGGUACAGCGGAAAAAGAUCUCUAUCAAUCCCAACGGAGUGUUCCACGAAUUCCAUGCACUCCUCGUACGAGACGUGUUCGAUCUGGAGCGUCAACUGUUUCAAACGGAUUUCCUAACCGGGACACCGAACCUAUCACCGUGUGUGCACAAAUUUCGCUUCCUGCUCGAGCGUACGUUGCGUUCGAUGAUGAAGCUGGACGAGUUCUCGAUCAUCGAACUGAACCAGAUCAUUCUCACCGGAAGGCUGAAGCUGAUGUUCGAGCCCGGGUUUCUCUGUAAGCAGCUGAACCAGCAAAAGGCGAUCAGAGAUUGGGCGGAGUAUCGUGUGAAGCGGUCGGAGGUGAUCGAGUUCUUUCAGCAUCUCAUCCUGGCCGCUGAUCAGCCCAAUUUUAUCGAGCUCGAAGCCAUCACCAAGGUGGAGGUGUUCGGUCUGAAGGAGUACGUCGAUGAGUGUAUGCGCGUGGUGUUCGAUCAGGUCGAUCGGUGGAUAAGGGAUAGUGAGGGUGUCUAUCUGAAUGCCGACGAUUGGCGACGGAUCUGCGAGGAAUCCCGGGCUCGUAUAACGGGCAAAAAGUGGCUGCUAAAGUCGGAGGAAUACCUAAAGACUAAUCCCGCGGCCGGUUACAUAUUCGACAACAACUCGCUAGUGUUGCCACUGCAACAGUUCUUCCAGUCACCCAACCAUGACAUUAUGCUGCUGGUGGCUGCCUAUAAGGCAGAAGUGAGUGCGGCAAGAGCGGUGCAAGCGUUUGAGACGCUACGGACACAGUUCGUUCUAUUCGAUGCGUUCGGUUUCCGUGAUAUUGGCGAUCUGGAGAGUUGCAUACCGUUUGUGCGGCAUCUCUCCAGCAACCGUGUGAUUGUGAUCGUACUGGGCGAAAAGUGUUGCCAGUCAGUGACGAAGAAUGUGCGUUAUAAGUUCCGUGGAAUCACGAAAGCGAAGACGAUCUACAUCAUUAAUGCGGUCGGUGAAAGUUGGCUAGAGGAUAUUAGGCUGGUUUGGUACGAUCGGUUCGAGCUGAACGAUAUGGCACCACACUCACGGCGCAUGCUAAUGGAGAACAAAAUUACGCUCCAAUCACGCAGCGUGCGACUGAUCGAUGUACUGUCGGAGGAGACGGCGAUCACCUUGCUCGAUAUGGAGUUUAUCUCAUUGUUGUUGACGAAUCAGCUCGAUCCGGUUUCGUACAGCUUCAAGUAUCAGCGGCAGCUGAAGGGCAAGUACUUCGCGAGAACAUUACGCUCCGGUCCGAUCCUUAUGCAGGAACCAGAGUUCGAUCAGCUGGUGCAGACGAACCGUGUGGUGCUACUCUCCGAUGCCCCCGGUAUGGGCAAAACAUCGUUUCUGCAGUGCUUCCUCGAAAGACUGUCGAGCGCACUGCCCGAUCAUGUGAUCUGUUUGAUGCAUCUCAAGUUUUACACGGAAACACUCGAACAGAUCACCAGGUUGAACGCGGCCACACUCAGCGUGGAAGACGCGAUACGGCACGCAACGAACUGCUUCUUCGCCGAGAGCACCCGGUUCGGUCAGGUGUUGUACCGGAAUGCCGUGCUUAACACCGGUAAACUGAUAGUGCUGGUCGAUGGGUAUGACAGUGUGAUUUGGCGCUAUAAAGUGUCAGUUGUGCAGGCGUGCCGAUUGUUUCUGCAACAUCCGUUCCGUGUCCGUACGCUGCUCAUCUCGACCCGGCCCCACGAGAUGCAGUACCUCACGGAUGCGUUCCCUCAGGCGAAGGUGGUUUCCUUUCAACCGUUCGACCAACAACAGUGCACCGAGUUUCUCACUCACUGGUGGAGUUUCGAUGACCAAAGCGAAGCGCAUCGCCUACUACAAUUUCUCACUGAGUCGUACGGUGACUGGGUUGCGGGUAGCCCGUUUCAGUUGGAGUUGCUUGCCGAAAUUUAUCAGCAGCAACGAGAGGCGUUCAAUUGCUUCGGCGGUCUGCUGGAGCUGUAUCUGGAGAAGCAGUACUACGAAUCGAACCAACGGGCUAUACAGAUUACGGGUAUCGGGCAGCAGCGGAUGGCGGCGGAAACGCUGAAGCAAGCGGCCCACGACAGUCACCGUGCGCUGGCCACACAGCUAACGUUCUACCCAGCGAAACCGGUCAACAUGCCCAAGUUUGCCUAUCUGCUCGACAUUGGGAUGAUCAUUUUGCAGGACGAUAAGGUACGGUUUGAGCAUCGCAUUUUCCAGUACUACUUUGCCGCCGAAGCAUUGAUGAUCGGUAAACUGGUCCAGUUCGAAGACGACCGCUUGUGGACGCUGCUGAUGGAUCCGAGAAAUCGCUUUUUGUAUCUUUUCUUGUGCCAUCAUCUAAGCAAGCCUAAAAAUGCACAAUACCGAGACCGAUUCAGGCGCUUCACCAAGGGCACGAAAGCCUCAUCAUCGGAUCCAGUGGCCGUUAAUCAAAUCGACGACAAAUGAGUACAUAAAUUGUGUGCCUCACCCUGCUUCGGGGCCAGGCAUACCACGUGACGCCUCCCGAGAACGCGUUUGUCAUCAAUUGUACCUUCUCUCGUUGAGCGAGAGAGAGUGAGAUCGAUAAAUACUACAAAGAAACUUUCAUGUCCGGCUUAAUUGCGACAUCAAUCAUUUCGAGAGGAAUUUUCUAAUUACAUCGCUCUACGUGUCCUAGCAAUUAGUGAGCACAUCCGGUCCGGAGGAAGAACGGGUAAGAAUGGGUUCCCUAAACGGCUGGAAUUACCAGCGUUGUCAGGAUAUCAUCGGGCGCAUCGGGCGUUUGGUGCAGAUGCAGUUGUUGUUUCGCCCAUUAACGGCAUCGUUGCGGUGCGCUACGGGCGGACCUGUGUGCGUUCUGGGAGGGGGAAGGACCACGUGCUGCAGGGAUAGCUAAGGUACACACUGGCCGAUAAAUUAUGUCCAUCCCGGGAGGGCUAAGCCUUGGGGCGUAUUCUAAGAUUCAUGCGAAUCGUGCAGAUCGGCAACGGCAGCUUCCGUUGCCAUCCGUUGGAUCGGAAACAGCCAUCAUAGCACGGAAUGGCCAUUUUUAAUGCAAUCAAAGAGAACAAACAGACUUCACGCAAAACUCCACAAAAGCUGCAGCAUCAAACUUUGCGAAAAGAAUUGCUAUAAGUGUGACUUAUGUUUAUGCUUCUUUUCAUACACCCGAUUACUUCUCGUUCGUGGUAGUAUUGUACAAAUGUAUAGAAAUGUGAUAAUGUGUUUACUGGAACAAUCGAGAUUGCUGUGUGUUGUAUUGUUACUGUUUGUAAAGCAAUCUGCUUAUGUCAUUUGAGGCACGAAGGAAUCCCGAACCAUCGAUGCACGCAGCCAAAGUUGCAAUACUCUAAUGUAUUAUGUAUUACACGAAACGUAAUAUAAUCCGCAACUACGACCUGCCGCUGGUUAACAUGAUAUCACGAUUCAUUCAUCAGCUUGCCCAAUGGUUCGAUGAUAUACAAUUGUGAUAAUGUUCUUGUCUUUUUCUGUUGGCUUCAAAUGAUGCUCUAAAUUAACUGCAUCUUUUUAAUACAAUAACUGCAUCAAAUCCUGUUCAAUUUAUUGCAGUUUAUUACUAUUGAAAUUUUACACUAUUUCUAUGAUAUUCAAAACAUUAUCAUCGCUCAUUUACGAAAAGCUCCAGGUUGUGUUACGUCUACUUCAUCUUCGUUUGUGUUCGGUAUAGUAUACUUAAAAUGGCUUGGUAUGCAUUAAAAAUGUAAUAGAUCAAAAAGAUUUUAUAUAUUAUCAAAUAUGUAGCAUGUACAAACAAGUACAAUUUUUCAAUCAAAUGUUCACCUAACAUCACUUUUGCCCAUUAAUCUAUUUUUUCCAAUACGC